CUGAACGUCAGUCACAUGUCAGAAACGUGCAAAUCAAAUGCAAGUAAACGCAUGUCCCUGAAUCAUUUAUAUUUACCAUACGACAUAGUUCCGAAUUCAGUUAAUUUGUGAUAAGAUGUGGAGAAGUUCGUGAUCGAGAAAUCGAGUGCUAAUCAAAUAAUUUCGUUUUCGGGUACAGAAACCGCCUGUUCUAACACACACCAAGAAUGGCCCUUUUACUAACAGUGGUGUCAAUAACAGGAUCAAUCCUUUUGACUCCUUUUUUGAUGUUAUUGGUUUGCAUUAUAUUCCUGGCAUCUAUCGGCAAGUCUAUUGGGGUGAGAAGGCUGUAUGUGAAGACUUUGUUGAUGAUUUUUGAGUAUGGAAGGAAAGACAUCGAAACAGCACAAAAGAACCGAAAAUUGGAAAACAACGAAGACAUCGACGAAGGUUACAGUGAGGAAAUAACAUCGCCGGAAAAAAAUACGGAAAACUGUCCCCCGUUAUCCAAUGGCUCGGCGAACGGUGGUAGUAGGGGUAACACCGUCAUCGACAGGGACGAAAACUUGGUUUUCGUACCCGAACCCCCACAGAAUAAGACUGAAGAGAAGACGUCGGAGGAUGUUAUUUUGGAACCCAAAGAGAAGUACAAGGACUUCGAAUUGUCCAACGUGUUCGAUUACGUCAAAGUAGGCGUAGAGGCGAUCAUCGAAGACGAUGUCACGUCCAGAUUCGAGGCUGAGGAAUUAAAAAAUUGGAAUCUACUGAUUCGCACGAACAGAGGCUACGAAUUCAUUUCCUGGAAACUGACGUUCAUAUGGCUAUGCGGCUUCUUCAUUAGAUACUGUUUCUUAUUCCCGUUGCGAGUUAUAAUAUGUUUCUUUGGGUUCGCCUUACUUGUAAUCUCGACGUUUUCGUUGUCCUAUUUGCCGAAAGGAAGCUUUAAGAGAUGGAUAAACGAACAGUGUUACAAGAUGAGUUUUCGCAUUAUGUCACAAUGUAUCUCCGCCGAAAUUAUAAUACACAAUAAACAAUGGCGGCCGACUAGGAGCUCUGUGUGUGUGGCCAAUCAUACAUCGCCGAUCGACGUUAUGAUUUUGUCCUCCGAUAAUUGUUAUUCUCUGAUUGGACAACGUCACGGCGGAUUCCUCGGAAUAUUCCAGAGAGCGCUGGCAAGAGCUUCUCCUCACAUUUGGUUCGAGAGGUCAGAAACAAGAGACCGGCAUGCCGUGGCGAAAAGAUUGAAAGAACACGUCAGCAAUCCUAAGAAUCCUCCGAUUUUGAUUUUUCCUGAGGGUACGUGCAUUAACAACACUUCCGUGAUGCAGUUCAAGAAGGGUAGCUUUGAAGUGGGCAGCGUUAUCUAUCCCGUCGCCAUCAAAUAUGAUCCCAGAUUUGGAGACGCCUUCUGGAACAGCAGCAGGUUUUCAAUGGUACAAUACCUAUAUAUGAUGAUGACCAGUUGGGCCAUAGUGUGCGAUGUUUGGUACCUACCUCCAAUGUACCAACAAGAUGGCGAAACCGCCAUCGAUUUUGCUAACAGAGUCAAAAGUGUCAUCGCCAAGCAGGGCGGCCUAGUAGAUUUAAUGUGGGACGGUCAAUUGAAAAGGGUGAAGGCAAAGACGGAGUGGAAGGAGAGGCAGCAAGAGGAGUUUUCGAAAAGACUAAAAGCCGAAUAAGCUUAAAAAUAGAUGAUAGAGAUAAUUACAUAUUAUGUCAAAAUCUAUAUCAAUAAUUUAUAUAUAAAAAGAAAACGGUAUGAUCGAGAGCGUGAACUUAAAAACAACCAAUUUUAUUGUAAUUUUUUUAUGAUAGCCAGUCUAGUCUGCAGUUUUUAGAGGAAGAACGUGAUAUUAUGAUAUUACCAUAUAGUUUUUUUUUCUAAUAGGUACUACGGGUAAAAAAUACUAAAAAAAUUAAUCUGGGCAGAUAGCAGUAAAAUAAACACAAAAAACAUAGUUUCCUUAUAGAAUACUCUGUAUGUAAUAA